GGCUGAAAUUGAUUAUAGGAUUCUCAAAUGUUGUUGCAGGUCCUUCUAUUAGGCAAAAUCAUAUUAUUUUGAUGGAAAGAGGAAGGAAGUUUAUACUUUGUACUCUUGAAUUCAUUCUUUAGCCAUUUCUGCACUAAAGAAACUUCAAAGUGCACAAAAAUCUUGUCAGGACAAGAUAAAAGACGCAUACGGUCAUGUAGAGAUUGGUGAAGUUCAAGUAGACUUGACGGAGGUGGAGACAGACCAAGAUGUACAGUGCCUCUGCUAGACAAAAUGUACGCUACUUUAGGAAUGAGCUUGACUGCUUGCAGUUCCGAAACGUGAAUACAAUAAAGAAAGCAGAGUGUCGACUCGGUAAAGUUCCCGGAGCGGUUGCAGCAGAGGUUCGAGAAAACCUUAGGGGUGCUUUAGAAAACUUUGACCACAACGAAAAUGAGCUUCUUGAAGACGAAGAAAUGCAUGGAGACGAGGAUGAGCUUGAUGCUGACGAGGUCGAGACUGGUCCAGAUUUCCCACAAACUGACAUUACUCAACCCGGACAAAGUACCCAAGAAGAUCUUUUUGGAAAAAUUCCUUACUCCGUCCCCGGUAUCAGUUCGAUGAAAUUGAUGGGCAUCGACAGUGAUAGGUUAUGGGAAAUAUUUUUCCAAAAGGCCAUUCCCUUGGGUUUACUAGAAGUAUACAUCGACAGUGCUCGUGCGGGUGGAGAUGAGGUCGGUCCAUCGAGACGUGACGAUCGUGUUCGUUCGCAUGGGGAGACGAUUGCAGAUGAAGUUAUUGACAACCCUGACUCUGAUGAUGAUGAAGAGUACAUUCCUUCGGACGAUGACAUUGACACAGAAGAACAUUGGAUCCAUGAAAUGGAAGCUGAAGCUGGUGUAAGAGGAAUUUCUCGUGGCGUGUCUGAUGGCCCUCUUGCAAUAGGAACUGUAGUCGAUGUUGUCUAUGCAUCCGAACCACCAAACCUUAAUGCUACGCCUGAAGAGACCCCGCGCUUUAAUGGACUUCCGAUAAUAUACCUUGUGUUCAUGUUCAUGCUGUUUACCACUCUUUUCGACAACAAGUUCCUCACAACAUAUUACCGGCUAGUUCUACCUCCCAAACGGCCAACAGAUGAGAUUCCACGUUCAGGGAGACGUCAAUGCAAUCGAUACCAGGGCGAGAUGGAUUUCAGGGCAAGGAGAUGAUUUUAGUUUACUAUUUUUUUAGUUUGUUUCAGGGAAGGUAUUGUAAUUCUUGUUUACUUUAGAUGUUGAGAAUGUAAUUUUCUGUUGAUGUUUUAAUAUAUUUAUGUUUUCAAUAUUGCGUUCUUUUUCUUGUUGAACAUCUCUUUAUUAAAUUUUUAUUGGUUGA